AUGCACUGCUCUCAGUCUUUUAACACGAUCUGCAGAUUCUGGUCUCAGCCACUUUAUGAGCAAAUCAAGUUCCUCCUUGGGCGACUCAUUGGCUUCUUCAUCGCCUUUGGAAUUUCCAUGGGGAAGAUGGGAGAUCAGGCCAAAAUAAUGGCUGACUUCUUCAACAUCCUCAAUGAGAUUAUUAUGAGGCUGGUCAGCAUGAUAAUGUGGUACUCUCCUCUUGGGAUUGCCUCUCUUAUAUGUGGGAAAAUCGCUGCCAUCAAGGAUCUAGAGACCGUUGCCCGGCAGCUUGGCAUGUACAUGGUUACAGUGAUUGUUGGCUUAGUGAUUCAUGGCGGCAUGAUCCUGCCGCUCAUAUUUUUCUCCAUCACCAGGGAAAAUCCCUUUAAUUUCUACGGUGGCAUAUUCCAGGCAUGGAUCACUGCACUUGGGACAGCUUCCAGUGCCGGCACACUUCCUGUAACUUUCCGCUGCUUGGAAGAGAAUCUGAAGAUCGACAAGCGAGUAACCCGCUUUGUUCUUCCUAUUGGAGCCACCAUUAACAUGGAUGGCACAGCCCUCUAUGAGGCAGUGGCGGCCAUUUUUAUUGCGCAGAUGAAUGGGGUGUCCUUAGAUGCUGGUCAGAUAGCAACAGUCAGUCUUACCGCUACGUUAGCAAGUGUGGGGGCAGCCAGUAUUCCAAGUGCUGGACUUGUCACUAUGCUCCUCAUCUUAACAGCUGUGGGCCUUCCAACUCAAGACAUUAGUCUGCUCAUUGCAGUGGACUGGCUACUAGAUCGAAUGAGGACUUCAAUCAAUGUAGUCGGUGACUCAUUCGGAGCUGGCAUCAUCUACCAUCUUUCCAAAGCUGAGCUAGCUGCCAUUGAUGCCAAACAUGAUACAAAGGAUGGGACAGAUAUGAUGAAAUUGCACACAAUGAAUCAUGAGGGUGCAAAUAAACCAACCAGGGAGGGCAUUGGCACUCCACCAUUCUCUGGUUAUGCUUCCUUGCCUACUGAUGAGUAUAAGGUUCAGGUAGAGCCAUCUCUGCACCUUUAA